AGCCCCAGUGCACAAAUGGGAUAGGUAACUGAUUCUCUGAUCUAGUGGUGUAAGAUCCCUCCUGGAGAGAACGUGGCAAGCUCUGCUACGUCGACGACGAUGACCACGACGACGACAACGACGAGGACGACGACGACGACGACGACGACGACGACGACGACAACGAUUAUGACGACGAUGUUUUAUUGAAUACGUUCAGAAUCUAAAGAGAUAGAUAAAUAGAAAUAGAGAUAGAGAUAGAGAUAGAGAUAGAGAUAAAGAUAAAGAUAGAAAUAGAAAGAGAGAGAGAGAGAGGUCUAUCCUCGUCGUCUUUUUAUUUCCGAAGAAAGGGUAAAUAUUUGAUUAAAAGAAGAAUAAGGACUCGAAGGAUUAUCAAUAAGGACUACGAUUAACGAAUUGUUAUUGAUAAGAACACCAAUACCUAACAAAAUGUUAUUGCUGUUCGUACUCCUAAUCGGUAGCGUUAAAUCAGGGGAAUUUGAGGUAGAAUUUGAAUUACCUGAGGUACCAAGCGAAUCCGCAGCUUUACCAAAGGAGGAAAUUCAACCGACACCAUUACCUGGUCAACUCUAUCCUCGAGAGAGCGAAUCACGCGAGGUGAAAUCACUCGAUGGUUUAUGGGAUUUUAUUGCCUCACCUUCUGAUGACGUAUUGAAAGGCUACAGAGAAUUCUGGUACAUUGAUUCACUGUCAAAGGCUGGUGAAUUGAUUAAAAUGCCAGUACCAUCUUCUUACAACGAUAUAACAACGUCUAAAGAACUCAGGGAUCACAUUGGUGCUGUCUGGUACGAACGUACUUUUUAUAUACCCUGGUCUUGGCAAAAUCAAAGAGUUUUUUUAAGAUUUGGUUCUGUCAAUUAUCUCGCACAAGUGUGGAUCAACAAUGAAUUGGUGAUAGAACACGAGAUUGGAAAUCUUCCGUUCGAGGCAGAGAUAACGAAAUACUUGUUCUUCGGUUUAAAAAAUCGUAUAACCGUUGCAGUUGACAAUACCUUGCUUCAAACAAGUAUACCUCAAGGAAAGAUAUAUGACAUUGUCACCGAUAACGGAACGAAACACUUUCAAAGUUAUUCCUUUGAUUUUUUCAAUUAUGCUGGUAUUCACAGAUCAGUAUUGUUGUACACCACACCACGAGUAUAUAUCGAGGAUAUAACUAUAAGAACCGGAGUGGUAGUUGACAUGGGUAUAAUAAAAUAUACAAUACAAGCGGCAGGUUUAAACCAAGGUGAAAUACCAAUCUGUAUUGUGACCUUGCAUGAUGCAGAAGAAAACUUGGUAAUAAAGGAACCAGACAAUAUACACUUAUCUGGUAUUCUUAAAGUACCUAAAGCAAAACUUUGGUGGCCCCGAGGCAUGAAUUCUUCGCCUGGUUAUCUUUAUACUCUCGAGGUCAGAUUGUCAACACAAAAUGAUACCAAUUCAGACGUUUAUAGACUACCUAUUGGAAUUAGAACCGUGUCAUGGACAAAUACGAGUUUAUUAGUGAACAAUAAACCCGUUUAUAUGAGAGGUUUCGGUAGACACGAAGAUGCAAUUAUAAGAGGUCGUGGUUUCGAUCUUGUCACUAUGAUCAGGGACUAUGAACUUUUACAAUGGGUUGGUGCUAAUUCUUAUAGGACUAGUCAUUAUCCUUACAGCGACGAAGUUCUUGAUAUGGCUGAUAGACUCGGUUUCAUGAUCAUCGACGAGUGUCCUUCGGUCGACACAGAAAACUUCACACCUCUUUUACUUUUACGUCAUAAAACAUCUUUGUCGGAACUUGUACGAAGGGAUAAAAAUCAUCCGUCUGUUAUCAUGUGGUCUCUCGCUAAUGAGCCAAGAACACAAUUACAAGGUGCCGACGAAUAUUUCAAACAAAUUGCUGAUCAUACUAAAGCUCUUGAUCCUACUAGACCGGUUACCAUAGCUCUUGCAAGAAGUGUUCAGGAAGAUAAAGUUGGUCAGUAUUUGGACGUUAUUAGUUUUAAUCGUUACAAUUCGUGGUACGCAAAUUCUGGUAGAUUGGAUAUGAUUAUCGAUCGUGUAUUUACCGAGGCCGAAGCUUGGCACAGAAAAUACGAUAAACCUGUGCUUAUGUCCGAAUAUGGCGCAGACACUUUGUCCGGUCAACACGAGUUACCUAGUUAUGUAUGGAGCGAAGAAUACCAAACCGAAAUGUUUUCUAAACAUUUUGAAGCAUUCGAUCGUUUAAGAAACGAAGGUUUCUUCAUUGGUGAAUUUAUUUGGAACUUUGCAGACUUUCGAACAGCUCAAACUUAUUACAGAGUAGGUGGAAAUAAAAAAGGUAUUUUUACAAGAGACAGACAACCAAAAAUGGUAGCUCAUCACGUCAGAAAGAGAUAUUAUGCGUUAGAAAUGGAAAUAGAUGGAACGCAAUUACCGCAAAAUCUCGAGAGUUACGUUUCUAAUUAUUACUCUCUACAUACCGAACUGUGAAUGUAAUUUUACCUUUCUUUCUUUCUUUUUUUUUCUUUUCUUUUUUUUUUUUUUUUUGAA